CGCGGGCGGCGGGCGAUGCUGGGGGGUACCUUGGGGGCCCGAGAGCGCGAGGCGGAGGGCGACGCGGCAGGGGCUGUGCCUGCGCCGCCUGCCAUCGACUUCCCGGCCGAGGGCUCGGACCCCAAGUAUGAUGAAUCUGAUGUUCCCGCAGAACUCCAGGUGCUGAAAGGACCCCUACAGCAGCCGACCUUCCCUUUUGCAGUUGCAAACCAGCUGUUGCUGGUUUCUCUGCUGGAACACUUGAGCCAUGUGCACGAACCAAACCUGCUUCAUUCAAGACAGGUGUUUAAAUUACUUUGUCAGACCUUUAUCAAAAUGGGACUGCUGUCAUCCUUUGCGUGUAGUGGUGAGUUUAGCUCCUUGAGGCUACAUCACAGCAGAGCUAUUAUGCACUUAAUGAGGUCAGCUAAGGAGAGAGUUCGUCAGGGUCCUUGUGAGGAUAAUUCUCAUAUCCAGAAGAUCAGAUCAAGGGAAGUAGGCUUUGAAGCACAAACCUCACGUUACUUGAAUGAAUUUGAAGAGCUUGCCGUCUUAGGAAAAGGUGGAUAUGGAAGAGUAUACAAGGUCAGGAAUAAAUUAGAUGGUCAGUACUAUGCAAUUAAAAAAAUUCUGAUUAAGGGUGCAACCAAAACAGAUUGUAUGAAGGUACUACGGGAAGUUAAGGUGCUGGCUGGUCUUCAGCAUCCUAAUAUUGUAGGCUAUCACACUGCCUGGAUAGAACAUGUUCACAUGGCCCAAAGGCAAGCAGAUAGAAUUUCUAUUCAGUUGCCGUCUCUGGAAGUGAUCUCUGACAAGGAGGACCCCAGAGAUCAGUGUGAUGUUAAAAGUGAUGAAAGUAACAGCUCUUCCAUUAUCUUCGCCGAAUUCACCCCAGGAGAAGAAAAAUCCUUGGGAGAAUCUGGCAUUGAAAAUCAGAAUAAUAGAUUGGUGAACUACAGCGCCAGUGUAGUCACAAGAGAUGCUGGUGAAUUUGAACCGUCCCUUGAGCCCCAAGAAAAAGGUGUGGCUGACGAGUCUUCCAGAUCGAUUGUUGGGCAUCGGCUGCCACUUCGGCAUAAUUCAGACCUGGAAGAGUCUUUCGCAUCCACUGAGGAAUCUUCUGAAGAAAACUUAAACUUGUUGGGGCAGACGGAGGUGCAGUACCACCUGAUGCUGCACAUCCAGAUGCAGCUGUGUGAGCUCUCGCUGUGGGACUGGAUCACAGAGAGGAACCAGCAGGGCCGGGAGAGCAUGGAUGAAUCCGCAUGUCCUUAUGUUAUGGCCAGUGUUGCAACAAAAAUUUUUCAAGAAUUGGUGGAAGGUGUAUUUUACAUACAUAACAUGGGAAUUGUACACAGAGAUCUAAAGCCCAGAAAUAUUUUUCUUCAUGGCCCCAAUCAGCAAGUAAAAAUAGGAGACUUUGGCCUGGCCUGUGCAGACAUCAUACAGAACACAGACUGGGCCAAUGGAAAUGGAAAGAGAACACCCACACAUACCUCCAGAGUGGGCACUUGCCUGUAUGCUUCCCCUGAACAGUUGGAGGGAUCCGAGUAUGAUGCCAAGUCAGAUAUGUAUAGCUUGGGUGUUAUCCUGCUGGAGCUCUUUCAGCCGUUUGGGACAGAAAUGGAGCGAGCACAUGUUUUAAUGGGUUUAAGAACUGGACAGAUCCCCGAGUCCCUCAGUAAAAGGUGUCCCGUCCAAGCCAAGUACAUCCAGCACUUAACCAGAAAGAACUCAUCCCAGAGGCCGUCUGCUGUUCAGCUGCUGCAGAGUGAACUGUUCCAAAAUUCUGGAAAUGUUAAUCUCACCCUACAGAUGAAGAUACUUGAGCAAGAAAAAGAAAUCGAAGAACUAAAGAAGCAGCUAAGUCUCCUCUCUCAAGACAAAGGGGUUAAGGGUGACUUGAAAGAUGGGGGUGUGCCCGUGUAG